AUGGAAGAGAAGUUUAGUUCCCAAGUCUCUCCAACUCUUUUGAUUCCAUUAUACUAUAGAGCCACAGAAUCAAAAAGAGGAGAAGAUGCUAUUCUUCAUGACCCAAAAGCAGUUGAAUUAAUUGGCAAAAUUGAUUACGAUUUUUCAGUAUAUCCAAUGGAUAUCAAACCAUCUUUAGGAUGCCCCGUACGUUCAUGGUAUUUUGAUCAAAAUAUAAUAGAAUUUAUUAAAUCUCAUCAAAAUGAAGAAACAUGCAUAGUUGUCAAUCUUGGAUGUGGUCUUGAUACUCGUAUGGAUAGAAUUGAGUAUUUGGCAAAUAAAAACAACGAUUUUUCAUUACAAAAUGUCAAAUUCGUUGAAAUCGAUCUUCCUGAUGUCAUUGAAUACAGAGAAACCCUAAUUCCACCUAAAGAGAAUCAAAUUCAUAUUUCAAUGUCAAUCUUUGAAGUAAAAUGGAUGAGAGAUUUACUAGAAAAAUAUGGAAAAGUCAAUUACAUUUUUGUUGCCGAAGGAGUUUUUCCAUAUUUUGAAAAUGAGACAUUGAAGAAAUUCUUUGAUGAUUUUGCGAACGAAUUCGCUCCAGAUAAAGUUAAAAAUGUUGAAUUAUGGUUUGAUACAACAGGAAGCAGUCUAAUUAAGAAGAAAGAAAGUCAGCCGAAGCCAUUAAAAGUUCAUAAAGGCGCACCAUUGAAAAUGCAAGUUGAUGAUCCAAAUGAAUUUGAAAAAUGGAAUCCAAAGUAUAAAUUGAUUAAAGCUAAUACCUAUCAGGAUUUCUUCAAAUGGCGUUGGGGAAUUCUCUUUGGUUAUUGCCUACCGCUCUUUCCUAGUAUGAUGAAAAAGUUUAGUUUCCUUUGUGGAUUGAAAUUGAACUAA